GGGUCCAAGUAAAGCUCAAAAGGGCGGCUGUUUGUUCGUUCGCUGGACGAACAAGAGCCAAGRAAAUACUGUCAAAAUUUAUGUUGAAUCUCUCGUCGUGGAUGGACRCGCUAGACCAUCCGACUUCGGAAAAUUUCCAGAAUUCCAUCACACGCAUUUACAAAGGGCCUGGUGAGGCAGUACAGCAGUCUGGUCUUCACAGUGAAUAUGGAGUCGCCGAUUCAGUGAAUGGAAUAAGGCCCUUGUCGAGCCCCGAGGGGCACGAAAAACGACCAAGAAGACUCUCUCACAAAUACGACGAUUUUGAGCAGCCUACAGUGCGAGGUAUGGCUCAACCGACCUCAUCUACACCACAUCAGCCAGCACUAAAGAGCCACAGAACGACAAACCAACUUCAAUAUUUACAGAAAACGGUUAUGAAGGGAAUAUGGAGACAUCAAUACGCUUGGCCUUUCCGCGAACCUGUAGAUGCUGUAAAGCUCAAUUUACCGGACUACUACAGCAUCAUAAAGAAGCCUAUGGACCUUGGUACCAUCAAAAAGAAGCUUGAAAAUUAUGAUUAUAAUAAUGGCAAGGAAUGUAUUGACGAUUUCAAUCUCAUGUUUGAGAACUGCUAUCGAUACAACAAACCAGGAGAUGAUAUAACAUUAAUGUGUCAGACAGUGGAAAAAGUAUUUAAACAAAAAUUAGGGGCAUUGCCUCCUGAGGAAAAAGAAAUUCUAAUUGGACCAAAGAGAAAAGCAGAUGGAAUAGGAGGAACUGGAGCAAAGAAGGGCAGAAGGCCGGGGCCAAAACCUGAAUUGCAUGUGCCAGCGACAGUUGUGCCUGACAGUACUCCAAUGACGACAAUUCCUCAACCAGCAACAAUUACUACCCUCCCUCCGUUGGUAACAGCUACUACUGCAUUACCUACUCCAGUAGAAGCAACAACCACAGCACUCCCUACACCAUCUGUUACGCCAGCACCCGUAAUGCCUGGACCACCACCCAUCGCUACAUCCAAGAUCAAGAAAGGAGUGAAACGCAAAGCAGAUACUACAACGCCAACCACACCAAUAGGAGACAUUGACUCUGGAUUAUCAGCCCCUAAAGCAGCUAGAGUGCCAGCUCGCAGGGAAUCAACUAGAACAGUUAAGAAACCAAACAGAGAUCUCCCUGAAACACCAAGUCAGGUUAGAGAAAAGGAUCAUUGCACCAUGUCAAGGGGAAAAAAGAAAGCACUUUCAGAGCAGCUAAAGUAUUGUAACUCUAUUCUAAAAGACAUGUUUUCCAAAAAGCACUAUGCAUAUGCUUGGCCCUUUUACAAGCCUGUGGAUGCAGAUGCUCUUGGUCUGCAUGACUAUCAUGAUAUCAUCAAGCAGCCGGUUUCCAUGGAAGAACUUAAGGAAAAAAUGGACAACAGAGAAUUCAAAACUCCAUCAGAAUUUGCUGCUUCUGUUCGCUUAAUGUUUAGUAACUGUUAUCGAUACAACCCUCCUGAUCAUGAUGUAGUCAAGAUGGCAAGACAGCUCCAGGAUGUUUUUGAAAUGAAGUAUGCAAAGAUGCCAGAGGAGCCAGAGCAGCCUAUUCCAAGCCCUCCGUCUGAAACACCUCCAGCAGAAGAACCUGAACAACAAGAAACUUCAGAAGAAUCAUCGUCCGAGUCCAAUGACAGCGAGGCAGAGAGGGAGGACAAACUAACACAAUUACAACAACAGCUCAUAUCAGUACAUGAACAGCUUAGUAAGCUAACAGGAGAAAAAGUCAUCCUCCCGAAGAAAAAGAAAGAACCAGUAAAGAAACCAAAAAAGGAGCACAUAGAAAAGCCAGCAGGGAAGGGCAUUACUCACUUCGUAGAGAAACCAAAAAAGGAGCACACAAAACCUAAACCAGCACACAAACAAAAGAAGCAAGAAAAACAGACCACGACGGCAGUAAAAGCUGAAAAACCGACUAAGAAACAAUCGGCUUCAAAACGAUCAGCAAAGAGCAAAUUGGCUGCCAAGAAAAAGACAUACGAAGCUGACAGCGAUGAAGAAGAUAAUGCCAAAGCCAUGGACUAUGAUGAAAAGAGAGAACUCAGCCUAAACAUCAAUAAACUACCAGGUGGAAAACUCGGCAAAGUGGUACAGAUUAUACAAUCAAGAGAACCAGGUUUGGGUGACACAAACCCAGAUGAAAUAGAAAUAGACUUUGAAACCUUAAAACCGGCAACAUUAAGAGAACUGGAACGGUACGUCCAGUCCUGCUUGAGAGAGAAAAACAAAGCGCCUUCUAAAAAACCCAAGAAUGCAGAAGAGAGAGAACAAGAACAAGCUCGGAAAAAAGAAGAAUUAGAAAAAAGGCUACAGGAUGUCAGUGGAAAAAUCGGAGCACCAGCACAGAAGAAACAAAAGAAAGAUUCCCAUAACUCAGAACAGAGAAUAAUAGAUGUUGUGGGAAGUGAACCAAGGCCGUCCCGCUUGAGUGAGAGCAGCAGCAGUGGAUCUGGGUCAAGCAGUAGCUCUGGCUCAUCCUCCAGCUCUGGCUCUUCAAGCUCUGAAAGCAGCUCUGGUUCUGAAUCAGAGUCUGGUGGUAAAAGCCAUAAGACUGCCCCCAUUACAAAGAUUAAGUCUGGUGUUGGAAACUCUGCAAAAGCUUUGGCAAAAUUACACAAAACGGAUGCUCCGAAUGUAUCGGUAGUACCAGUAAAGCCAGAAAAAAAAGUUAUACCAUCCCUACCCCCAAGUCAACAUGUAGCUCAACCCAAGCACCAAAAAGCCACUUCAUCUCAUUCAAAUACUCGAAAAUCAAAUGGUACAGGGAAAUCAAAAGCUCUGCCCAAAUCACAAACGAACGUAACAAAGGUACCAGCCACUACCGUGCCUCCAGUUAGUAUACCAAAACAGGUCCCACACACUACAACAAAACCUGUGGUUAAACAAGAACAAUUACCGGUGAAAGGAACUCCAGUGCCGAAGACACCCCAAGUACCGAAAACAGUAGCUACUCCUAAAACAGUACCUGCUCCAAAACCUGCUGUACCUACACCUAAAGUUACAUCUACACCAAAGACAACCAAUCCAACGUUUACAGCUGUUAAAAAUAUAACAACUACAGCAGUGACUCAACCCAAACCAGUAGUUUCUGCCAUGUCAACGCCCAUGAACAAACCACUGGCUCCAGUUAUAAACCCAGUUGUGACCCCAGCUGUGACCCCAGUUGUGACCCCAGUAAGCAGUACAGUACAAGGUGCCGUGAAGGAUAAAGACCCAAUAAAACCUACCAACACAAAAAUAACGACUCCUGCUGCACCUAAAUCAGGUGGAACUGGAUUAACAUUUUCUAUAGGAGACCUUCCAGGAUCAUUAGCGACAAUAGGGCAAAAGCCAUUAGAUGCUGGGAUCAAAAAGGACAGUGUUAAACCUAUUCGUCACGUCCCAUCCUGGUCUAGUCUGCCAUCAACAGCUUCACCAUCUUUAACAAGAACGCCAUCAUCAACCAGCAGCUUUGAAAAGUUUAAACAACAAGCCAAAGAUAAAACUGAAAGGGAAAAAGCAUUAAAAGUACAAGAAGAACAGCAAAAGCAAAGAAGAGAACAAGUUGAGGCAGAACGAGCAAGACAAGCAGAAGAACGCAAAAGGGAGAGAGAAGAAGAGGAAGCAUUAGAACGAGCAAGACUGCAGCACCAAGAAGAAAGAACCAAACAAGAAGAAAGAAGAAUGAUGGACCGUAAUCGUGCACGAGAAGCCGAGAGGAGAAGAAGAGAAGCUCAAGCCGGCACGAUUAACAUGAACGAACAAAGUGAUAUAAUGGCUUCAUUUGAAGCAGAUUUUACACAUUAAAAUGAGCACCUGUCUUCCAAGAGCAUCAUGUCAUCUGGAUCAAUUCAUACAUAAGCCAAAAAGGCAAUAUUGCAAAUAUUGAAGUGUGCCAGCAGAUAGCACAAGAAUAUUGAAUUGUUUAUAUUAUUUUGUACUUAACAUUUCUAUAGCUAAAUUGAUUUUUUUCAUAUUUUUGUCUUUAAGUCRUCAUAAUAUUAGAAUUAUUAUUGAUAGCUGAACUCCUAUUAUUAGACUCAAUUUCAUUUUUGAGUUUAAAGAAAUUACAAGGUGUUCGCUGGCAAUUAAGCAAUAAUGCAUGAAUA